AUGUCCACGCCAACUUUGAGAGUGCAAUUGAGAUCUGAACACGCGACUGCGCCAACGAAAGGUUCGCACGCUGCUGCAGGUUACGACAUCUACGCGUCGCAGCCAACGACGAUCCCCGCGGGGGGGCAAGGUCUCGUGGCCACGGACGUGUCCUUCACAGUCCCAUUGGGUACGUACGGCCGGAUCGCGCCGCGGUCAGGACUCGCCGUGAAGCACGGGAUUCAGACGGGUGCCGGGGUAGUGGACAGGGACUACACCGGGGAGGUCAGAAUCGUGCUUUUCAACCACUCCCAGAGGGACUUCACCGUGGAGAGGGGCGACCGUGUCGCACAGCUCAUCCUCGAACGCAUCGUCGACGACGCAGAGGUCGUCGUCGUGGACUCACUCGAAGAGAGCGCCAGAGGCGCCGGCGGUUUCGGCAGCACGGGGAAGUAA